AUGUCGACAACGCAGCGUAAUCGGGCAUCAGAAGAGCGGAAGAAGGAGCGGACGCGAGAGUUUUCUCGUGUCAUGUACCGAAAGAUUCAGACAGAGCUUGAAAUGUUAGAUCCUCGAGCGCGUAAGGGCCAGGAAUACGAUACUAUCAAAGAGCUGCGUAGUAAAAUCGGAGACAUUGACGAAGUCUACACUAAUGUUGACAGGACAAAUGAGGCCGUUUUGGAUAUGGAGACACUGCAGUUGACUUCAAAGCUGACAGCAGAAACUGCACGAAAUUUAGAACUUGGUUCAUCGGCGGCUUUUAACAUUCAUGAUUUUAUUAGUGGUGUUCGCAAGUAUCUUGUUAGCGCCUCUGACGAUGGAAGAAUUCGAAGCUCGGAUCCAGACUCUCAAGAUGUUUCAUUAACGGCUGGUAUAAAAAUUUUGGGGAUCGAAAAUACUAAAUGGUGUGCUCGACCACCGUCUGGUAGUUUUAUGAUUGGACCUAUGGAUGUGGAAUACCACUUAAGAAAACAGAGACAAUAUACCAAGCGGGAAAGACAAGUGACAGGACCUGCGUCCAAGGUCGGAACUAUCGAAAUGUCUGAUGUCAAAAAGGACAAUAAUAAGAUGACACACUUGAUUCACGAAAUUUACGAAUUGUUAGUUCAGCAAGAUGCUACUCAGGAUAGCCCUUUAGGUUUGAUUGAAUUUUCUUUCAACCCUUUAUCCUUUUCACAAACUGUGGAGAAUUUAUUUUACAUUUCUUUCCUGGUACGAGACGGAAAAGCCGGAAUUAUGCUGGAUGAAGAAGAUGUUCCAUCUAUUUAUUACAUCAAACUUCCUGACGAUCCAGAAGAGCGACAGAAAGUGCUUAACGAAGUAAAGACAUUACCUACUAAUCAAAUGAUUUUUGAUCUUGAUAUGGAAACCUACGAAGGGCUGCUAGAAGAGUUUGACUUACAGGGAACUACACCGGUAAUCCGACACCGUGAACCGAUAGCUUCAGCUGCGGCACCAACUAGUGGGCAAUGGUAUGGCUAA